CUCACAACAAGGAAGUGCCGUUCCAGCCAAUCACAGCAGCCUUUCUUGCCGAUUAGGCAGUAUCAACAUGGCAGCUUUCUGAGUUUUGGAGGAGGGUACCUGGUGUAAAUAAACACGAAUUUCACGUUUUACAGAUAACGACAGCGUUCGUGUGUUUGUGUUUAAGGCUGGUUGGACCAUAGAGGGAAAAUGUCGAAUGACGGAAAUAAAAAACAGUUCUGGAAAAGAAACGCAGCGAAGGUUCCUGGCAGCAUUCAGCAUGUGUAUGGCGCACAACAUCCACCUUUCGACCCGCUCCUCCAUGCUAACCUGAUUAAGGCAGGAAACAGGCUUCCUCCGGCCACCCCAGGCAAGCCCAAGAAGGCUACCACCUUUCAGGAGUUUGAGAGCAUCACAAGUGAUGCCUGGGAUGUUGGGGACGAUGACGACGAGUUGCUGGCCAUGGCUGCACAGAACCUUAAUAUUGAUGUUGUCAUGGAGACAGCCAAUAAGGUGAUUGAGAAUCACAGCAAGCAGCAGGAGAAACAGAGGCAGGAUGACACAACAGAGCUGGAACAGAGAGAAGAGGACACACAGGAGGAGGUGGCAGAGGACGAGGAGGAGGACGAAGAAGAUGAGGAGGACAGGGUGGGGGAGGGAGACGUGACCAGCCCAGAGGUCUCUUUUGCCUCCCAGAGCAGCCCUUACACUGAUGGCCGCCUUGUAAAGUCCCAAAGCGAAGCUCCAAUUGGGUCACCAAAAGAUGCAGCAGGUGAGCAUGCAGCCCUCCACAGACAACGGUCCCUGCCCCACCGGCCGCCCCUCAUCCCGCUAGUGGCUCGCAUGGCUGACCAGAACACGUCUGGCACCCCAGCCAUGACCGAGAGGGAAGCGUCUCGUCUGGAUAAGUUCAAACAGUUGUUAGCUGGGCCCAACACAGAUCUGGAGGAGCUACGGAAACUCAGCUGGUCUGGAAUCCCGCGUCAGGUCCGACCGAUAACGUGGAAGCUCCUUUCGGGUUACUUACCAGCUAAUGCAGAAAGAAGAGAGAGCGUCCUACAGAGAAAAAGACAAGAAUAUUUUGGCUUCAUCCAGCAAUACUAUGACUCCCGCAAUGACGAACACCAUCAGGACACAUACAGACAGAUUCACAUUGACAUACCGAGAACUAAUCCUCUUAUUCCUCUCUUUCAACAAGCUUCUGUCCAAGAGAUUUUUGAGCGGAUCCUUUUUAUCUGGGCCAUACGCCAUCCGGCCAGCGGCUACGUGCAAGGCAUCAACGACCUGGUCACACCGUUCUUUGUCGUCUACGUCUUUGAGUACAUUGAGGAAGAAGUAGAAAACUUUGACGUGUCCAGUCUCCAGGAAGAGGCUCUGAGGAACAUUGAGGCUGACAGCUUCUGGUGCAUGAGCAAACUGCUGGACGGCAUCCAGGACAACUAUACAUUUGCCCAGCCAGGCAUCCAGAGGAAAGUCAAGGCCCUGGAGGAGCUGGUCAGCAGGAUUGAUGAGUCUGUGCACCGCCACAUGCAGCAGUACGAGGUGGAGUACCUGCAGUUUGCCUUCCGCUGGAUGAACAACCUCCUGAUGAGGGAGCUACCAUUACGCUGCACAAUCAGACUGUGGGACACCUACCAGGCUGAACCAGAGGGCUUCUCCCAUUUCCACCUCUACGUGUGCGCUGCCUUCCUGGUGAGGUGGAGGAAAGAAAUUCUAGAGGAGAGGGACUUUCAGGGUCUGAUGAUCCUCCUGCAGAACCUUCCCACAAUGCACUGGGGCAACGAGGAAGUGAGCGUACUGCUGGCUGAAGCCUACAGGUUGAAGUUUGCCUUUGCUGACGCGCCAAACCACUACAAGAGAUGAUGAGCGUGGCUCGCUGCAGCUGCUCCCCUUCUUCUCCUGUUCUUGCUCCUCCUCCUCUUAUUCCUCCUUUCCUGCUCUGCAGUCGUCUACUGAACUUAGAGGCCUCUUUUCCUUCAGGGAAGGACCUCCCUUUUUCUUAACCUCCCUUCCCCCAUAUUGCCCAAAGGGCCUUUCAGCUACUAAGAGAUUUGAAUCAACCAAUGACUGAGAGGACAUGCGGUGUAGCAUUUUAACAUAUUGAUGGUGGAGCCUUUUUUUUUUAAAUUAUUAUUAUUUUUCUUUGAUCAGCUCUGAAAUGUGCUCUCCUUCAGUCCAGUGCAGAACCCUCUUCAACCACAACUUUUUGUUAGAGUUUGGUCCACUCAAGUACAACCUCAGGCCUGAUGCAGGACCACGAGCUCAGCGCUGCCGGGAGGUUAGUCUGGCUCAGAAGAUUUUUCUUUUCUGCUAAAAAAA